GAAUAGCAUGUAGCAAGCUACUUUUUUGAGUUUUGACAGUUAUUAUUUAAUCACUCGUAACUCGUAAAACUUCAAACACGCAAUGUUGCACCGGUAAAAACAUUAAUCGUUAAUGUGAAUACAUAUUUACAUUUAGAUACGUUACAACAAGUAAAUACAUUUUAGGAUUUGUUAUAAAAACUAAACGCCAUUACAUUCCUAAAAUUCAUUACAUAUUAUGUGUCUCAAUGUGGCUUACAAAACAAAUGCUUUAGUGGCGGAAAGUUAUCAAUAUUAUAAAAUGAAUAUUAAGUGUUAAUAUUUAAAAGGACAAUGAGUUUUGCAAUACUUUGCUCAUUUGUGUUAGCCUUCUAUGUUGUCAUAUGGUUUUUUGAUUCCUUUUUUAAGAGUUGUAUGCAUUACCCAUAUUAUGCAUUCUUGGAAGGAACAGGACUAAAAGUAGGAUUUUUAAAUUUAACUUGGACUACUGCGGCAUUCAACCGAUGUAUAUACAGAUGGAGCAAAAACCUGACACGGGUAUUACGGAAAUGGUUUUCGUUUGGUUACUAUGUAACAGUUGGCUUGUUUUUACCAUUUGCAGUAUGGACUUUAAUUUCAUUUAUUAUAGAACACUUCAAAGAAACAAUACAGAUAUCCAGUGUUCCUGAAGUGAAGGCAAUGUUACCUGGAGUAAAUAUUCCAGCUUCAGACUUUUGGAUAUAUUUUCUGGCAAUUGCAUCCAGCUCAGUUUUCCAUGAACUUGGGCAUGCAAUGGCUGCAGCACAUGAAGAUGUUCAAGUAAUUUCUGUAGGAUUGUACAUCUUUACUAUAAUACCAAUAGCGUUUGUUCAACUUAAUACAGAACAUCUGAACAGUCUUCCUGUCAUGAAGCGUCUGAAAAUUUAUUGUGCAGGGGUUUGGCACAACUUAGUUUUAGCAUUUUUUGCCAUGACAAUAUUCUUUACAGCACCAGUAUUAUUUAGUAUUGCUUAUGAAACUGACAUUGGUGUAAGAGUUACAGAUUUUUCAUCAGAUUCCCCAUUGAAAGAUGCUCGAGGUCUCGAUAAAGAUGAUGUUAUAAAAUCUAUAAAUGCUUGUGAUGUAAAAGACUCCUAUGAUUGGUCUUACUGCCUACAUGUAGCUCAUGACAGAUUUGGAAUAUGUACUAGUGCAGAAUUCAUUGCACAAAAUGAUGAAAUUAUGAUGGAAACUGUGAAGGAGAGUGGUGUUGUUGAAUGUUGUAGAAAAGAUGAUUUGUACAGUAUUUGUUUUGAAUAUAUGGAGCCUAAAUUAGCAGUUGACUCAGUUUUGCCUGGUCAGUAUUCUUGUUUAAAACCAAGAGACAUGGUAAAGGAAAAAUUAAUUAAAUGCAGUGAAGUUGGAGGAUACACAUGCCCAAGAAAUACACAUUGCUUAAAACCCUCUCUAAAUAAUCAUACAUACUUUAUAAUCAUUGAAAGAAAAGACAAUAAUGCAAUGUUAUUCUUAGGAUUGCCAUAUGAUAUUUAUAAAACUGUUUUUGUAGAUCAAUAUUUUCCAAGAUUGAGAAUAUUUUCAUUAUUCUCACCUAUGCAAUUUGAAAAACUUCUCAGAUAUAUUUUUAUUUUUACUAUGGGUAUUGGCUUUUUGAACAUUAUACCAUGCUAUGGUACUGAUGGUCACCAUAUUGCAAGAAAUCUUAUUCAAAUAUUAGCAAAAUUGUUAAACCAAAGUAGUGAUUUUGUUACACUUGUUACAUUAUUUAUUGUGAUUGUGGGAACUGGGAUAACUAUACCAACGUUAAUAUACUUAUUUUAUAAAGCAAUUUAUUUAGAUGAACUUGACUAUUAGCGAUUUAAUAUUGAAGAUACCAUGCAUUUUACUGAUAUAGUAAUGAUUAGGUCGAAAUAAAAUACUUAGACUCAAGGUUUAUAUAUAGGUUUUAGGUAAAUUAAACACUCUGCAUAAUAAGUUUAUGCUUAUAAAUAACAUCACACUGGUAAUAGUAAUAAUAAACUAAACUACAUUUAAA